UGUCCCCUAUACCCGCAGAGCUCUGCUUCCUUAGCCUCAGUUUCCCCUCCAGGAAAUUGAAGGACCUUAAUAACAUUUCUCUGGCGUCCUUUUCCAGAUAUCUUGCAGGCACUUAAUAAAUGGCCAAGUCAUUAUUGGGGUUUCUAAAUAAGGCUCGACUAAUGGCCGAGUCUGGCUGCCCUCCCAGUGUCCCCGGGAGGCCCGCCGAGAGGCCGGCACACAGCGCACUAUAAAUCGGCGGCCGCGCACAUAGGGGCACUGCGGGUCCCAGGACUACCGUGAAGGAGCAGGAUGGAGAUCCCGGUACCUGUGCAGCCGACUUGGCUGCGCCGCGCUUCGGCCCCCUUACCCGGACUGUCCGCGCCUGGUCGCCUCUUUGACCAGCGCUUCGGCGAGGGACUGCUGGAGGCCGAGCUGGCUUCGCUCUGCCCUGCUGCGCUCGCCCCCUACUACCUGCGCGCCCCCAGCGUGGCGCUGCCCACCGCCCAGGUGUCGACCGACCCGGGCCACUUCUCGGUGCUGCUGGACGUAAAACACUUCUCGCCGGAAGAAAUAGCGGUCAAGGUGGUUGGUGAGCACGUGGAGGUGCACGCGCGCCACGAGGAGCGCCCGGACGAGCACGGAUUCAUCGCUCGCGAAUUCCACCGCCGCUACCGUUUGCCACCCGGCGUGGACCCUGCCGCCGUAACCUCAGCGCUGUCCCCCGAGGGCGUCCUGUCCAUCCAGGCCACACCAGCGCCAGCCCAGGCCCCACUGCCGUCACCGGCUGCUGCCAAGUAGGGGUACAGGCGUGCCUGGAUCUUGGGAGCUGCUUUAUGCUACCACUUUCAAAGCCAAUCUGACUCCACUCAGCCAGAUGUCCCCACGGCGUCAAGACAGCCUCUCCCACCCAAGAAGAGAUUCCACCUGACCCCCCCACCGUAGAGCCAGCCUUUGAUAACCUAGACCCUCUACUGACACCCCCUGCUGUAAUCCCCUUCCCACACCUUGCUAUAAGCACUACCCUCACCUCAACCUCAUCUCCUAUCUUGGUUUAUAUCCCCACUCAGAAUUUCCUUGAUUCCUAUGAAACAUCCCCACUCCACUUCUAUCCCUUGCCAGCUCUCACAGCAGAUUAUGAUGUAGACAGCCCUGCCCCCAUGCCAGGGGAGUCAGGCAUAAAGCCCACUCCCACCCCUGAAUGUCCCACACUGCAAUCUUCCCACUGCACGCUGUCCAGGCCUCCUGGUGCCUAAGAUUCUUGAUCCUUUCCCUGGUACCAGAAACUCCACUGCCCUCAGCCCAUUUCCUGACUUGAAACCCCAACCAGCCGUUCAGACUCUUGAAUCCUAUCCUGAUGCCCAAUUCCUGCUAUACCUAUUCGAGGCUAACUGGGACCCCCAACCUCAAAUUGUACAGACACCCUUUCCAAUUUCCCAUUUGCCCAGAUGUGCAAUUAAACAGACCCCCCUCCUCAAUUAAACAGACCCCUACAGUCCCUUUGUCCUGACCCCAGGUUUCUAACCAGAUCUUCUAGGGAACCCACCUUCCACACUCUUCUUAACCUCCAUAACCCAACCAAGGAAUCACUCAUUUCCUCAUUGAAUUCUCUGCUAUCCCAUGCCCCUACUCCUUCCUAGGCUUGUGCCCAAUAAAUGUGCAAAAGUUGU